AUGGCACCAACACAAAUUUUCGUAAGUCCCGAAUUCUACGGAGUGUAUAUACUACAGUCUGAGCCUAGCCCCAGGUCAUUUUACAUAGGGUCGACUCCCGAUCCAAUUCGUAGAUUAAGACAGCAUAACGGCGACUUGAAACAAGGCGCAUUCCGCACUCGACGAACGAGUCGCCGACCUUGGAAAAUGAUAGCGAUUACCCACAAUUUUCCCUCGCGAGUCGCAGCCUUGCAAUUCGAGCACGCACUACAGCACCCGAAAACGUCGCGGCACAUGGCGGGCGGCGGCGGCAGUGUGACUGCCACUGCGGAAACCGCCAAAUCCGCACCGGUAGCCGGUAAAUCUGAUGCGACUUCGCCGGCGAAAAAUCGCCGCAAUGCCGCGCCAGUUGCCCGGUCUGGGCGUACGCAUCUUCGUAAUGUUGCCCGGCUCCUUGAAAGCCCCUAUUUCAGCCGCAUGGGUCUCAAAGUAACCAUCUUUGAUCCAAGCCUUUUCGAUAUGGAUCUCUUACCGGCACAGUUGCAACUGUUUGCAGCCUUUAGUGGUGCUCGCACCGCCGCAUGCAGUGACUAUUUUUCCGUAGCCAAAAAAGCCGCUCUCACGACGGCACAUUGCUGCUUGUGCAGCGACGCAAUAGACUAUGUUCCGGAAAUGCUACCCGAGUCCAUUAAAGAUGUGUUGCUAGUGUUACCCCUCAUUGCCGUUUGUCCAUCAUGUGCCGUUAUUUGUCAUCUUCGUUGCUUGGCAGCUUCAUGGUACCAGUCACUGGAAAUCAAUGCCGCACUCAUUCCAAGUGAUGUUUCAUGUUCACAAUGCGGCGCUCAAACAUCUUGGCGGUUGGUAGCAGAUAUGGCCACCAAGUUAAGACAGUAUGCAUUAAGUUCCUAG